UUCCUGCAGGUCCUUCUUUCCAGUGCGGGGAGGAGUGUUACCUCAGCAAGCUACCGGGGCCUGACGGGGACACCCCUGGAUGUGCAAGGCUGCUCUCAUUGGGGUGUUUGAUCUUAAAAACAUCACAGUGCCCGACUACCCUUCAGAGGUUGUCAACACGGCGGUGGCUGAUGCAGUGAAGUCAGGAGAUUUCCAUUUCAUUGUGCCCUACACGCCUAAGAACAACACAAUCAAGGUGGGGUAUGAGGCAAAGCUGAGUCUACACUACCGCACUCCUGACCCCAUGAACCCUGUACGCAUGCAGUUCACCCUUGAGGCGACGCUAAUGACCGUGGCACACCCUAAUGACACUAUUAAGGUAAAAGAUUUGACGGAGUGUAUGCUGCUGUGCGUGUCCUGGGUUCGAUACCGCUGUGAGACACUCGUGCACCAGAGGGACGAGGGGCUGUGUCUGUUGCUGGAUACUCACUACCACGACCUGGACGACACGGAAGUUGUGCCCCACACUCACUCCUACGUGCACGGCCGCAGCUACCUCGUGGAUUACAACCCUAUCCUGGGUGGAGUGGCCCUGAACAGCACUGGUCCGGUCUAUUACAAUGUGGAGCAUACUGAAGCUUGUGCCAGGUACUGCUCAAAGGAGGAGACCAUUAAGUGUCAGAGUUUUGAGUACUGUAUAUCAAGCAAGAUGUGUCACCUGCACAAGGAACACUUCCUGGACGUGGUGGACAACGGGGACUACACCACUGGGACGGCCUGCAUACACUUCUCCAGGAAGUCAGACUCUCUCUUCACGCUCUACGAGGACCAGGGACUAGAGCCAUCUAAACACAAGCUGGUGGCGCACAUGAGCAGCCCCUCAGCAUGCGCCAAGAUGUGCCUAGACGAUGAGGAGGAGGUGUGUCAGAGUUACGACUUCUGCUCCGUGUGUGACAAGAACAACCUGGCAGUGUGUGGGGAGGAAAACAAGGAUAAGAUUGGCCUGUGCUUCCUGGCCACACAUCACCUGGGGGAGUCUGGGCUUUCGCUAACUACCGGGAAGGCUUGUGACCACUACGACCGUGACAAGUUCGGGGACCUGGACUACCCCAGCUGGGUCUCCAGACAGCGGAUAUCAGAGAAGCCCUACACGCCAGGAGACAUGACCGGGCUGGCAUUUGGCAUGAUCUUCCUGGGCAUUCUGCUGGCUGUCGGGUUCCUGGCGGCCAUUACCCAGUGCAAGCCAGCCUCCGUGCCCAAGGACUUCGAGAUCAGCUUCCAGAGGCUUAAAUCUUCAGGAGAGUCCUCCAUUUAAAGAGCCUUGUCUUCUACUGCUACUGCUACUGCUGCUGCUACUACUGCUGCUGCUACUUGGAACAGGGUCUAGUGGAAGAUGUCAGGGAGGUUUUUGAGAGUGCUUUAAGGUCCUGGAAGAAGUUAUUAGGGUUUUCAAGGGUGUUUUCAGGGUGUCAUGGAAGUUAUUGGGGUUUUUAAGGGUGUUUUUGGGGUGUCAUGGAAGUUAUUGGGGGUUUUCAAGGGUGUUUUCAGUGUUUAAUAGGAGUUAUUGGGGUUUUCAAGAGUGUUUUCAGUGUUUAAUAGGAGUUAUUGGGGUUUUCAAGAGUGUUUUCAGUGUUUAAUAGGAGUUAUUGAGGUUUUCAAGGAUGUUUUCAGGAUAUUAUGGAAGUUGCUGGGGUUUUCAAGAGUGUUUUCAGGGUCUAGUGAAAGUUACUUGGUUUUCAAGGGUGUUUUUAGGGUCUAAUGAAAAAUAUUACGGUUUCAUGGGUAUUUUUAGGGUUUAGUGAAAAAUAUUACGGUUUUCAUGGGUAUUUUCAUUUGUCUAGUGAAAGUUAUUUAGGUUUUCAAGGGUGUUUUCAGGGUUACGAUAAUAGUUAAACAAGCCCCUCUGGAUGCUGCUCAUGGUCUUCACAGUGUAUUCACAGGAAGACAUCAGACCUACAAGUGGCAGCCGCGGUAUAAAGCACCCCUCCCUGCAUCCGUCUAUCACCCCUCCCAUAAAUUGAUCUGAUCUACUUUAAAUUUUCCUAUUGACUCACCACUAACAGCCUGAUUACUGACUCCAUACUUGUCAUCUACCAUUCUGUGUGUGUGUGUGUGUGUGUGUGUGUGUGUGUGUGUGUGUGUGUGAGAGAGAGAGAGAGAGAGAGAGAGAGAGAGAGAGAGAGAGAGAGAGAGAGAGAGAGAGAGAGAGAGAGA